GGGACGGGAGGAGCCGCUGCCGCCGCCGCCGCCGCUGCUGCGCUCCCCGGCCCGGCGCUGGGGGAGCGGGCGGCGCCCGCGGAGCUGGGCCAUGAGGUUUCCUUUGCCUGAUCUGUAAACAUGUCCACAGACCUGCUCUGGUGUGAGGAUUGCGGUAAAAGCCUUAUAGGAGAAUGCAAACUCCACGGGCCACUCAUCAGGGCUAAAGAUAGGGUUAUUCCCAGCCGAGCCCGUCUCACCCUACCUCACUACCUCACUUUGCGAGUGUUGGAGCUGCGAGCUGGAAACCAGCAGAUCCUUGGUGUAUUUGCAAAGAAAGGAAUACAGAAGAGAACACAAUUUGGUCCUUAUGUUGGUCAACUGUCUACAAAACUGACCUGCUAUGAUGAGAGCAGGCUAGUCCUGCAGGUAUUGAAAGAUGGAGGGAAGUACUUUCUGGACACUCCCAAUGAGGACUGUGGAAACUGGAUGAUGUUUGUCCGGCUAGCCCGGAACCAAGAAGAACAGACCCUUGUGGCUUAUCAGCACUGUGGAGAAGUCUACUUCACAACAGUUAAGCCAAUUGAACCCCACACAGAAUUGAAAGUAUGGUAUGCUGCCGAUUACGCCAAAUUUAUGGAAGCUUCUGCAGUCUUCAUUAAAGAAGAAUCAGAUGUGUCUCCUUUGCCUCCAGUAGCAAAAGAGCCCAUAGACCCUUGGAUAUGCUCCAGCUGUGGAAGCACUUUUGCAACUUUUGCUCUGCUGGAAUCUCACCAGUGCAUCCAUAAAGACCGAGUCCUUCCUACGAGGCUCAGACCGCCAAAUAAAUUGGGACCUGUAAAAGCAAAAAACAAACUCAAAGGGAAACUGAGAGGAGCAUCAUUAGGCAAAAGCAUUACUCAAUGCUUUGGGACCAUUUCCUGUUCCUCUGCUGCAAAGUUCAGCUGUGCCAGCUCGGGAAGCACUUGUGAUGCUCUCGUAAGGUUUAUACCUAAAUGGAGGAAUGGUCGGUCUUCACUGCUGAAGGGAAAAGAAGUGAAGCAGCCAGAUAAUUAUCCCUGCCGACUCUGUGGGAAGAUAUUUGAUUCCAUUGACAAGCUCACGGUCCACACUUAUGCGCACAAAGGGGAGCGUCCCUACAAGUGUUCCCAGCACGGAUGCACAAAAGCCUUCAUUUCCAAAUAUAAACUGCUCAGGCAUUCGGCCACUCAUUCUCCACAGAAAUCUCACCAGUGUGGCUACUGUGAAAAGACCUUUCAUAGGAAAGACCACCUAAAGAAUCACCUUCAGACUCAUGACCCUAACAAGAUGGCCUUCAAGUGUGAAGAGUGUGGCAAGAAGUACAACACCAAGCUAGGCUAUAAGAGACACUUGGCUCUUCAUGCUGCCACCAGCGGGGACCUAACCUGUAGGGUGUGUGCCCAAGAGUUUGGAGGUACCGAGGUUCUGUUGGAACACCUCAAAAGUCAUGCAGGGAAACCAACUGGCAACAUGAAGGAAAAGAAACAUAAGUGUGACCACUGCGAGCGUCACUUCUAUACCCGUAAAGACGUGCGACGUCACAUGGUGGUACACACCGGCUGCAAAGACUUCCUGUGCCAGUUCUGUGCCCAGAGGUUUGGGCGGAAGGACCACUUGACACGCCAUACUAGGAAGACCCAUCCACAAGAACUGCUGAAGAGCAGGUUGCAGAAUGGUGACUCAGUGGGUCUCCUUGACCAGCUCUUUUCAUACAGACUGAAGGAAGAUGCCAGUAUGCUGUCCCCUCUUCCUGAAAGGGUCCCUGUGCAGAAUGGAAUUGUGAAUAGUUCAGAAACAGAGGAUUACAACUGUUCACAUGUUCAUUCCCAGCCAAGCUUACAAACUGCUCUUCCUCUUGAGUCUUCUCCUCACUUGCAAAGGAUGGGCUGUGCAGACAAUCUCCCAGCUGUCCCUCCCACACCAUGUUCAGCAGCUGUCCCUACCAACCUGCACCUUCAUCAGCCUAACAAAUAUGACCUUAGUUCUACCUCAUUUGCAGCAGGAUCCCUCAAGAAUCUACCGAUAAAAGUGGAUGUUAAAGGUUACAAUGUGCAUCUUCUCGAGGACCUGCCAUUACCAGAACCUCAGUCUCUCCACAAAAUCAGUAUGGAAGAAGCUUCCUCAGGGCCUGUAGGGGAUACUAACAAGUACCCAGUGCACAAAGAGACAGAGGCAGCAGCUGAAACUGCAAGCCUGCCUUUCAUGGAUCUCACUCAUGUGAUGGGUUUCUGGCAGCUCCCACCAGGUGACAGCCAGAACACUACUGGGGACAUCACAAUGGCGUUUGGCUCAGAAGAACCAUCACACAGGCUGAAUGGCCUCGGCCAACAGCAAGGUCUUCAGCUAGCAACUGGUGGGAUGGCCAUAAACCAGCUGCAUCAUCUUCCUCGCUCCUUUCCAUCCACUACAAAUUCUGUAACAUUGCCUCACUUUCACCAUGCCUUCAAGUAACCAUCACCCUGUGUGGGUCUUUUCCCUUUUUUUUUUAAAGACUGUGCUUCUUACUUAAAUCUGUUAGGACUGGGGUGGUUUUGGUUUGGUUUUGUUUUGAAGAAAAACUGCCCCAGAUGUUUUCAAAGCACAUUAUGAACAUGGUAGUUAAAUUCAGGAUGUUAAUAAACAAGAAGCUCUAUUUUUCAUACUAUUAGUUUUUUAGCAUAUGACAACAGUAGAGCUAACAUACUUCCCUCAGCUCCCUCUAUAUUUUUGUUUCUUGCUUUUCAUGCAAUCAACUGAAUAACUAUCUUCAAUGACAGCAAAGUAUCAUAACAGGCACAAUAAAACUCUGGCUGCUGCAAUAAGAGUAAUACGGUUGGGGUGAAUGGGAAGAGGGGGGAAAUCACAAAGAAAUCAAUUUAAAUAAAUCACAGCAAAAUUGUACACAUGGCAAAUGUAACAAAUGAUUUAUCAACAUCAGAUAGAUUUCUGUUAAGCACUUAAUUAAUGAACUUUAUGAAUCCUUAAUUUAAAUCAGAAUAAUUCCAAGAGUAAAUAUUAUGUCCCUGUUUCGCUUUAUUCAAAUGAAGAUCAUCACUAUUAUGAUUCUGUUAAACUAGAUUUUAUUUUCUGGUGGGCAGUUCAGCUGUGUGCCUCUCCUGCCUUUUUCCUAGGGCUGGAAAUAGCUACCACUUCUGAACGACUGUUAAGAACUGCUGUCUUGGAUACAUGCAGUCCUUGGAAUGGGAAGUGAAUUGUCUCAAAGGUUAGAACAGAACAUUAAUUUUCAUUUCAAGCUGAAUCCGUCAAGACAUCAGACACUGCUCUCUCUCUCACUUUGUCUCUUGUAAAGCACUUGAGCAUUUGCUUAAAUUUAAGCUUAUCUUAUCCCAUUGAGUCAACAGCUUGAUUAAUUUGACAGUUAAUAAAAAAUAAUGCAUUCUACCUAAGGGGCCUUUAUUCACCUUUUGUUGAUAAAAAUGGCCUUCGUUUAGUCUGGGAAAUGAUCAUUGUAACCAUCUGAAAAUGUGAGCUUUCACAGAAAGCCAACCCUGGCCCAGGGGAGCCUGUGCCCAAGCUGUGUGUGGAGCCAGGGGCAGGUCCAUGCACCGAGGGGCUGUAAUGGUGAGCUGACACUGGGCCCUGCUCAAAACCAGGUUCUGAAGCUGCCUUACAAGUGUCGACUGAAAUUAGCGGGUGUGAUAAUGGUUGAGGCCAUUUUACUCAUGGGUGUUCUGCUCAGAAACAUUGGGGCUCCAGCCUUUGUUUCUUGCAGACUAGAACCAUGGACACUUCCAUUUGUUUCCUGGGGUGAAUUGUCCAUGAACAGUUCCAGUGGACAGUGUGUUGGUGGGACAGUCCCAUCACCUGAUGCAUGAAUGAGCAGAAAUUGCCAAAAUAAUUUUUUCCGGUAGAUGAUAUGGUUAAAUAAACAAACUCUUCACAAUUUACUUUGUUGCCUAAUCCAUAGGUAUAAAAAAAUAAUCGUGGUUUUAGGGAAUGUUGCAGUUACUAAUGGAUUCUGUUGCAGCUAAAACAGACACGGAACUUCUGAAUCUGAGUAAAUUCUCAAACCCCUAGAACUACUCUUCCAUUAAAUCCAAAGAGAGUUCAUAGUACCCAAUGAUCAUUACAAGUAUAACAUGAAGCAAGCAUGUUCUCUUCUCCCUCAUUAAUCACAGGAAUAUUUCCAGAGAGCUUCAAAUAAAAAAUAAUUUUUAAAUUAUUGCUGUUUUGCUGUUAUUGAGCUAUGGACCACUGUAGUUGUGUAAUGUCUUUGAAUAUUCUUACAAGUUGAUUGAUACUUGGAUUAAGGAAGGGUUGUCUUGCUGCAGUUCAUGAGAGAAUAUGCUCUGCAGAUACAGUGCUGAGGGGUAUUUUUUAUUAUGAAAAUUUUUGGCAUAAGACAAACCAAAAGGAAUUUUAAGAUCAUUCCUGUAAUGACAACAGCAGGAGAAAGAACAGGUACUGCACAGUCAUGUCCAGUAAGUAGUUAUUUAAAUUACAAGUUCCAGAAUAGGGAAAAGGUUGCAAACAAUGUUAUAUGCACGUUCUACAGCUAGGCUUGUAUUUUUGUCUGGACUUGGAAAGGGGUGUGUGUGUAUAUUCACUUAACUGUAUUUUUCCCCUUGUUUGCACAAAUUAUAUUCACUUGGCUUCAUCCAAGCUUAUGUACUUGUAAGAAAACCCAAAAAACUAAACUACAACAAAAAAAAAACCUUUGCUACAAAAAAAAAUUUGUAGCACUGCCUGUUCAUACGCAUUUUGUCAUUUUGGUUUGUGGUUUUAUAAGAGGUGUCAGUAAUUACUGAAAUACUUGUCCUUGAAUUGAAAUGUGAUGUUAGGAAGCAAACAUUAUGCAAACACUGAGCACGUUCUUUCAGCUGCUCUUUCAGUCCUUGGAGCAGGGUGCCUGAGCUCUGGGCUGCCAAGAGAGGUGCUGCUGCCUGAUCUCAGCCUCUUCUGAAAUAUGGAAAGAUGACAAGCAUUUCUCAGCAAUGCAUAUGUAACUACAGGUUAAAGACAAAGUCUUAUUCAAAUAAAAAAAUAACCACUUUUGAUGCAUUUUAAAGUGCUUAAAAAGCACACAGUGGUGGUGUCUGCAAGUAAAGCACAGAAGCAAACCUUAAGUGUGCAAUACUGCUUAAACCCAUCAGCCCAUCCUAUUUCUUUUUCCAGAUUCUUGACAUCAUAAAUGUAGCAGAAGCUGAUGAUGUCCCCUGACAAAGAAAGGCAGGUUAUUUCAACAAGUUAUGUUUUCAAAAAAAGUUUUGUUUUAAAAUUCUUGCAACUCAAGAGACAUGAGGUACCCCUGUGCCAUCUAAUAGUGGAAGUGGGACUGGACUUUCUGAUCAUGUUUGUUAGGGAGGCCUCUGUGAGCAUUUCUCAGAGGCCAUCCGUAGCUGACAUCUCUCUGGUGGCACUGCCUUUGGCUCAUGCAGGGCUGUGACAGCACCAGUGUGGGGAGGCAGCCCCGCAUCCAGUGGGGGUACAGUGGAGGAAGGCAGCAGCCCAAGCACUGACCAGUCUUCCCUCUCUGGCACAGUCCAUUCCUCCUCCAAAUGUGAGAAGUGGAUGUAACUGCCAUGGAGAAGGUAGGAUAGGCCAUGGCACAGCAGCUAAGAGAUGGGAGAGAAAGAUCUGGGAGAUCUUAGGAUAUUUUACCUCACAUUCAAAUAGAGAUAAAAAUACUCUUUUAAUUGAACUCUGCUUGAAAACCUGUAGAAGCAGAGCAGUAUGUGGCAAAUAAACAACAGAAUUAAUAUAAUCAAAUGAUACUGUAAAAGAACAAAAUCUGGUAAACUUUUGGUCUCAUUAAAAAAUGUAUUCUUUCUAUGAAAGAAGGAAAAAAAAAAAGACAUGUAAACCUGCUGAAAUAAUGUCAAGAAGCUAAAAUUAUACUACAUGGAACAAAAGACUGCAUCCUCUAUGUAAACACAAAUAGUUAUAUUGCUAAGUUCCCAUCCUCUAUCAGAAACCAAGCUCAUUUCUUUUUCCUUCAGUUUUAUUUACCAACUUUUCCUGUUGGAACUUUUCAUUUUCUUAAUCAAUGGGUUGCUGUUAAUUUCAGAGGGCUUUUCAUAGCCAGUCUGAACUGGGAUGGUACAUUCCCUAUAUUAAUGAUAGGUUCCUUUCUAGUGGAAUUUUUAAAAUGCUGUUCUUUAGUACACCUUUCCUGCCCUUAUAUUUUUUGUAUAGUUUUGGAAACUAAGCCGUGAAAUCCUACAUUCUAUACACAGAAAAUAAUGGGGACACACACGCAACAGCAAAUACAGUAACACUUGCUCUGAAUUUGAGGAUUCAUUUAUUUAGUUGUUAAAGAAAGCAACUGUGGUAAUAUUGCACAGUAUGUGGGUUUGGGGUGUUUUCCCUCUUCUUCCUGGAUUCAAAGAAAGGCUGAGCAGCACUGCUUUAAUAUAUUGGGCUCUAGGAGUUACAGUUGCUUCAGUGUCAUCUUUUCUGUAUCCAUCUAAUCACUAUUAGCUAGGGUCUGAGUAGUUUAAUUAAACUCUUUAAAAUAUGGUA